UUCAUGUUAAAAAUCCUGCUGACUUGUUUUUGGGAGAUAAAGAUAAAACAAGUCAUGAGUUGCUGUAAACUAGGUCAUGGUCAAUUAAUCAUUAUUGGACUCAUAAGACUGGAAACUGAAACUUAACUGAAUCAACGCUCAGACUACCAGGAGCGGACAGCUACGUCAUCAUGCCGGAGCAGACUACGUGCAUGCCCCUGCGUAUUAACAGUAAAAACAGGAGUUAACUAAUGUUACGUAGAGGCGGUGUAAAAUAUCUUUAGGUGAUUUGAAAAAAAAAAAAAAACAUUUAUAUCCCUUGGACCCGUAAUGUUUAUCAAGUUUUCACCCGCCCUUGUCUCAUCCUUGUAACCGCCAUCCUUGCUGACGUCAGAUGAGGAAGUAAAUAAAACAAAGUAGCCACGGAUCCCUGUUACUCUGCUGCAGUAUGUCCAUUUCAAACCCGAAACAAACGUUUUUAAACCCGGCGAUCCCCUUCGCCGGGACGAUCCUGGGCGGUCUGUUGCCGGGGGAGAUGGUUCUCGUUCAGGGCUCUGUGCCGCCUAAAGCUGACAGGUUCCAGCUAGAUUUCACGUGCGGCAGCAGCGUGACGCCGAGGGCCGACGUGGCUUUUCACUUCAACCCGAGGUUCAACAAGAAGAGCGUCGUCUGCAACACGCUGGAGAAGGAGCGCUGGGGCAAAGAGGAGAUCCUGUACGAGAUGCCCUUCGCUGCCGGGGCCACGUUCGAACUCAUCAUCCUCGUCCUCAAGGACACGUUCAAGGUGGCUGUGAACGGAGCUCACGUGCUGGAGUAUAAACACAGACUGGACCUGGAGCGGGUCGACACUCUGCUCAUUUCUGGGAAGGUCAAAGUGGACGCGAUCGGCAUCCUCCCGAGCCCUAGUUCAGUUUCUCCUGCAGCCAGUUUGACUCACCAGGACUCAGAGCUGAAUACGAUAACGUCCUCGUCAGGUGACAUGAGUGUUCCCUUCAGAGGUGAGCUGGUUAAAGGUCUGAGCAACAGACGCAACAUCACCAUCAAAGGACAGACCAAUCAGAACGCAGCAAGUUUCGGUGUGAACCUGCGAGUGUCCGGCGGCAGCGACAUCGCUCUUCAUCUGAACCCUCGUCUGAAGAAACGUGUCUUCAUCAGAAACUCCUUCCUGUCUGGCUGCUGGGGCCCCGAGGAGACGCAGCUGGAGAGCGGCUUCCCCUUCGCUGCGGGACAGUACUUCGAGAUGAUCAUCCUGUGUGACUCUCAGCAGUUCAGAGUCGCCGUUAACGGGUUCCACCAGCUGGACUACAAACACCGGGUCCAGGACCUGAGCUGCAUCACCCAGCUGGAGGUGGUGGGAGACGUCACGCUGCAGGAUGUCAAGCUGCUCUGACCUCUGACCUCUGACCCCCCCCUCCCCACUGACUGCAUGACCCCUGCAUCUUUUUACAUGUAUUAAUAUACAGUAUUUAUAAAAGUGUGAGGAAAUGCUUGACGUCACAUUAUUAACCGUCGCCAAAGUCAAUAACAUUUAACAAAAUCUGUCGAAGAAAGUGUUUUAAUUUUUAUUGACUGUAAAGUUUGAGUUCAUAAUGUGAGUUUUUAUCACAAGAGGAUCUCAAACCUGAAGCCGGAGUUGAAGUAUUGUAAAAUCAAGUGAAAUUUUGAAAUGUCUCGACGAGCUCGAACCAAGAAAACACAUCGAACUGCUAACUGAUCUCCUGUCUGCGCAUCUUUAAUCACUCUUGUUAACAUACUGUGUGAAGAUGUUAAUAAAACUGAAUGUUGGGAUGUGACCAGAUCAAAUAAACUAACCUACAGGA